GUAAUUUAAUUUCUAAAAGACAAAGCGUGAUAUCCUGAAAUGGUUCAAGAGUUAAGCUGGCCAGUGGCUGGAGAAACCGUUGUCUGCGGGCUGCUUGCAAGUACAAGACAGUUUCAGAUUUCACAGGAGUAUUGCCACCAGUAGUACUUCUGAGAGUUUUUGAGAUGUGUCACAUGUACCAGUUAUCAAAGUUGGCAUGCUAACAAAAAUCAACAGCGCCAUCAGGCUGUUGAUUGCUUCAAGGGGUGUCCAUGCCAUAAAGCCACUGGCUUCUGAGGUUUUAACAGCUCACCUUGAAAAGCGAGAUCUCCCCCACUGGACAUCGUUUUGUGUAUACUACAAUUCUGUGGUUAAUGAUCAGUUCGCCCAGUCUCAUUUCAACUGGGAAGUAAAGGGAGUGAACUAUCACGUACUGCGCACAGGCUGCUACCCUUUCAUCAAAUAUCACUGUACUCGUAGUCCUAAGAGAGACCUAGGGGGAGAAGACAGCUUUUUUACUGCUCUUAAGGUCCUCAAUCUCGGUGUUCCAACUCUGGCAUAUGGUGUGGGCUCAUGGAUGCUAUCCAAGGAAACAGAGGAAGUAAUGACACCAAAGGGAAGAGUAAAGAUUUUUUUCCUGAAUAAGGAAGAUCCAAGAGCCAUCAACUGAGACGAACUGCUAAAACAUUGGUUUAACACAGCUUCAUGUAUCAUUUAUAAAAAAUAUCAUUUAAAACCUGUAUAUGUAAAUAAAAAGUUGCCCAUUAAAAUUUUGUGGUGAGGGACAUUUGGUUGUAACAGUUAACCUUCAUUUUUCUGUGAGCAGUUUGUUCAUUUGCUUAUGAUUCUGUUCAUUGUUAAUGUUAUAAACAUUAAUAUUUACUGUGUUUCUGUUUUACAGACGAGCAAAUCAUUUCUUAUGCUGGGCUAUUGGACAGAUUUUUAAACUUAAGUUUUAAAAUAAUUAUAGCCUAGAGAGUGGAUGUUUAAACCAGCUGUUACUUAAAGAAAUAAUUUUUCCUUUGGUUUUUAUUUUUUUGUCUUCUAGUUUUAGAGGUGAAAGACAGCAUGGCAUCCCAGAGUUAUCAACUUACCUUUGUAGCAACAGUUUUUGUGAUUUUCAUUGUAUAGUCCUUGUUAUAAUUGCAGUGAAUCUUCUAGUUGCUAUUCUGAGAUUUUCCUUCAGUCUCUUAAGCCGACUACUGCCUAUAUCCUCAAGAUCAGAGAAAAGAUCCAUUGCUUGUAUGACUGAUGUAUCUUACCUGACUCAAAAUAGUAUGGUAGGCAAUGUAAAAGAAAACACUUGUUCAGAUGCAGCAAGCAAGAAGAAAACAAACUGAUGACAGACAGUGGCCUACGGUUUUAUGUUGCUAAAUUUUUUUCAUAAUUAUGGCUGCUUAUUUAAUAUUUUGAAAUCAGUAUUCAUGUUUUGGUUGGCAGGUGACAUCAAAAUCAUCUACCACCUGUGUUUGCUUUCACUCUCCUAAGUGUGGUUUUCAAAAUGCCAGCAUGGUGAAUCUGAGGAUUGUGCCAUAUAAUUUUGAACCUGAUAACUGCAAGGAAGGUUGUGCAAAAUGAAGAAACUGGUAUGACCGAGAGAACAGUUCCUCCUAUGUCUGAAAUUAGAGUUGGCUUGUUUUCCCUUGCAAAAGAGUACAAAGCAUGGGAGUCACUGAGUAAUAAUAAUAAAUGCAAAAGUUGUAAAGCGCAUACUCACACUCCUAAGGAGCAUGCUCUUAGCACAUAAGAACAAGAACGAAACAGACGGCAUAUGAGGGACAGGAAAAUAAUGAACUAUCAACUAUAAAAGAAUAAACAACAGUACUAACAUAACAUAAAAUCAAUACAAAAAACACAAAGAGGAACCAAUAACAAGAAUGAGCUGAGAGGAACAUGAUAUUGCAAAAGAGUACUGAUGAGCAGCCAUAUUUUUGGCAGAAUUAUAAGUGAACUUGUGUAAAAACAAAACAUUAACUAGAAACAGUUUAGAAGGUCAGCAUAUAUAUAAUUUAAGCCCAGUUUUAAUUUGACUUUCAUUAUCCUUUAAUCUGUUACUUUAAGCCUCAUUUUAUAUGUGGCUCCAGACAGCUUUUAAGGACUGGAACCUGAAUGUUACAAAAUCAUGGUAAACUAUAAACUUGUUUAUUGUAGAAUUUUAGAUGCUUACAGUAUAUGUAAAGGAGUUUUGUGAAUAAUCCUUUUAUUUGAAUAUAUUCUUUAUACUAUUUUGUGAGACAAAAUCAAGCGAUUAUGGAUGGUCUUGUAAACAAAGUCUAUAAUUCGUGUCUUUGGAUUCAGUCCAGAAGAGUUCAGAGUUCUGGCUUUCUUGGAAGUCUAUGUUUAUAAGAGCCCUGGGCAGAAAACAACUUUCUUGCAAGUCACAUUUUAUUCCAUGGACUUGUUUUUCAUGUUUCAUAGAAGUGUUCAUUGACAUGGUGCUGUGAUCUGCCACGAAGGGAAACAGUGAUGUAUAAUUCAUUUCGAAGGCAAAGGUUGUGAAUGUUUUUAAAUUGUAUUUGCAGAUUUUUUUUACAAUGUUUUUUUUUACCCAUGUGUUGUAAGAUUAUAAGAGAACAUACCUGCAUUAAGUUAUUCCACGUUUUUAGUCAAAUAUAUAUAUAGUCAUUUUUUUUCAGUCCCAGAUGAAGUUUACAUCAUAAAUCAUGGGUUCUUUAAUUAGAAAGGUGAUAUCUCUAGAUCAGAGUAGGCCACUCUCCUUUCUCAGUCUGGUGGGUGGUCUGGUGAAACAAUGGUUAGUGCCUGUCACCAAUACAGUGAGGAUUGUCUAUCUUGGGCUCAUAUCUUAGACAUGCUAUUUUUUUUCUGUGCAUGUGGCACCUAUUUAGAGGGCUUUAGUUGCUGGGAAAACACCAAACGUCUUCACCCCAUUCCUGUGUAACCAAAUAUUGUUCUGCAGGGCUAUGAGCAGUCCUAGUACAGAGGGUGCUUUUGCACACAAAUAGGGUAGCAUGUCUACAUUGCUGUUUGAGUUCUUGAGAUGAGCAUGGGUCAUUUAAUGGCCAUGUCAUCUAUGAUCCUUACAACAAGAGAGGUGUGAGAGUUAACCAACUGUGUAAAGGAUACGAAAGAACAUAUCAAAGACAUUUCAGUUGCAUAGGGACCUGUAAAUGUUCAUUUGAGUGCUCAAACUCUAGCAGUACUUUGGAAAGUAACAUUCUAUGGUUCAACAGAAGUCAUUUAAAAGUGUUGUUAUUGUGAAGACUACAAGUACUGACCCUCAUCAUUCGUACAUUAUGUUACAGAGUUUGAUUGCAUUGAAAAGAAAAAGAGGGCUUCAAUAAAGGCAAGCUGUAUUUUUAUAACAAUCGUGCAAGAUUGUUCAUGUUUGUACAGAAUCUCUAUUUUAUUUUAAACUAUGUAUUUAAUGAGGUAUAUAUUUGUGUUCCUUGCAUUUAACUGUUUGCCAUAAAUGGCAGGCUUUCACAAGAACCGUUAGUAAAACAGUAUUUUAUAGGACA